CCCCGGCGCGGCGCAGCCCGCGCACACCCCGGCCGCCCGCCCGCCCGCCGAGCAGGACCCCGCGCGGAGCCGCCGCCGCCGCCGCCGAGGAGCUCCCGAGCCGGCCAGCAGCAGCAUGGGCCAGUGCAACUGCCGCAAGAAGCGCAAGGACUGCCAGGAGCUCACGGAGGUGGAGCGGGCCAUCGAGACCGUCAUCAACCAGUUCCACUGCUACGCGGUGAAGGGGCAGAAGGAGUACCUGACCCCCAACGAGCUGCGCGAGCUGGUGGUGCAGAAGCUGCCCCACCUGGGCAAGUGCGUGGGGCCCCUGGACGAGAAGAUCGAGUGCAUGGGCGACCCCGACGAGGCCAAGCUGGAGUUCGGCGAGUACUGGGACAUGAUGGGCGACGCGGCCAAGGGCUGCCGCAGGAAGUAGCGGGCGCCGGGCACGGGAAGGCGCGCGAGCGGCUGCCGGCCCCGCCGCGGGACGACGCAGCGCUGCUCCUCCCGGGGCUCGCCUCCUCGCCGCGGCCCCGCCGGGGAGUGGGGUCCCCCCCGCCUCCAUCCCUGCCCUCGCCGCCCCUACUUCCCCGGCAGACGUCCUUCCCACCGCCCGCUCCGGCCCCGCCGCGGCGCAGGGAGGCGGGAAGGUUCCCGGCCCCGGCUCUGGAGCUGCCGUCUCCGUCCUGCCCUCCAGGGCCGCUAACCCGAAAGCCCCCGGUUGCAGGUAGCUGGCCCCGGCGCGGCGCGGCGAGAGGGGCCCAGCUCCGUCCCCAGCGGCCCCCCGAUGCGGGGCUCGUCCCCCUCCCCGCCGCGGCCGAGCCCAGCCUCGCCGCCGGCCGGCACCCGGGGCGCCUGCGAGGGUCCGGCCGCGCCGUGGGACGCGCUGGCUGCGGUGCCCCCCCGCCUGUCCCUCGCCGCGGCCUCCCCGGCCGGCGGGUUGUUACCAGCUUGCAUCACUUGCGACCACUUUUGUAUAAAUUAAUAAAGGAAAACACUGGAAAAGA